GUAAGUUUGGAUUGCACAGCAGAGGUUUCACUGCACAGGUGAAACCCAUGUCAUCAAUGAUGGCUCCAUUCCAUUAAGUGUUCCAGUGAAGCCGGUGAGGGAGUGAUCCCCCACAGCUGCAGCAGCCUGCACCUGCCUCAGCUGAAUGGAACCGGCCCGUGGUGUCUGCUGGGCCGGAGAAAGGCGGAGACUUCCACGUGCUCUGGUGUCACGGAGGUCCACGCUGUCUUCUUGUCUGUGGACGCGGGUGCAGAGGACAUGUUGUCCUCUGUCAACAUAAGUAGAGAAGGAAGCAGCUGAAGGACUUCCAGUGGUUUUAUAACACCAGCCAGCUAACAGGGUGUGCUGCAUGGGGGAGGACAUCUAUGAUGGAUGACGUUCCACCCUACUUGCCGUGGACAUGCAGUCUGAAAGAUGGGUUCAUAUCAGUCAAUGAAUAGAGGGAACACACAUCCACUGAGCUGAGAGCUGCACAACUGUUAAUGCACGACGUGUUGUCGGGAGCAGUUGAGAUGAAAUACAUCCGGCUGGAGGCCUCCACCUAGACAUGAGUGAUCCUGUUCAAUAAUGAAAUGGGUGGGAGGAAGGACAGCGCCCUGGACAGGAGGAAAAUGCGGACAAGAUCCUGUUGGGAUGCUGAACUGAAAUAUCUGCAGAACAUGACAUGUACACAUCUGCAACGCCACACAGGACGAGGACCAUGACUGACGGCCAGGCGAGCUGAAGGGACUUGUCACUCAUCUUCCUAUCAACGUGUCAGGGGGGGACAAUCUCCUGCUCACCUCCCCUCCUCUUCUUUCACCUACUCCUCCACCGUCCUCCCUCCCUUAGUCCUCUCCUCUUAUCUUCUCAAUGGGCUGGUGACCUCAGCAUCAUUGUAGUUAUCCACCACUCCAGAAAAAACCCCAAGGGCGAGACGUAGCGACAAAGAACUUCAGAAGACAACUGAACCGACCCUCGCUCCACCUGAAGGGAGACUGGCAUGCCUCCUCCCUCCAGCUGAGUGAGCUGUACUGAGCGGAAAUAGAAGAAGAGGGAUCCCUUCUCCGUCUACCUUAUAGCGGGAGAUACAGCUUCUCAAGAAGGAGCUGCGAGAGGACCAGUCAUGCGUUUCCAUAUUGCGUUGACGCUGCAGGCGCUGUGGACUGGUGUUUGCCAGGCAGCCAUGCAGCACUACCCUGCAGCGUGGGGCCACUACGAUGUGUGCAAGUCCCAGAUUUAUACAGACGAAGGCCUAACCUGGGACUACAUGGCCUGCCAGCCAGAGGCGACAGACAUGACCCAGUACCUGAAGGUUACUCUGGAUCCUCCCAACAUCACCUGCGGAGACCCUCCGGAGACAUACUGCGCCCUGGAGAAUCCUUACAUGUGUAAUAAUGAAUGUGAUGCCAGCACUGACGAGCUCGCCCACCCUCCAGAGCUCAUGUUUGACAUCGAGGGCCGCAACCCCACCACCUUCUGGCAGUCCACAUCCUGGAAGAAGUACCCAAAGGCCCUCCUGGUCAACCUCACGCUCUCUUGGAACAAGACCAUCGAGCUGACUGAUGACAUCGUCCUCACCUUUGAGUCAGGCCGGCCCGAACAGAUGGUCCUUGAAAAGUCGCUGGAUUAUGGCCGAACCUGGCAGCCCUACCAGUUCUAUGCCACUGACUGCCUUGAUGCCUUCACCAUGGAGCCCAAGACGGUGCAGGACUUGACCCAGCACACCCUGCUGGACAUCAUCUGCACUGAGGACUACUCGCGAGGUUAUGUGUGGAAGAAUGACAAAACUGUACGCUUUGAGAUCAAGGACCGUUUUGCGCUGUUCGCUGGGCCCCGGCUCCACAACAUGGCAUCGCUUUACGGCCAACUGGACACGACCAAGAACCUGAGGGACUUCUUUACCAUCACGGACCUGAGAAUCCGCCUGCUCCGGCCUGCCACAGGAGCUACGAUGGUGGAUGAGAACAACCUGUCCAGAUACUUCUAUGCCAUCUCUGACAUCAAAGUGCAGGGAAGGUGCAAGUGCAACCUUCAUGCCAUCAGCUGCGUAUAUGACAAAGACAAGUUGAGCUGCGAGUGUGAACACAACACCACUGGGCCUGACUGUGGUCGCUGCAAGAGGAAUUACCAGGGGCGAGCGUGGAGUGCUGGCUCCUACCUGCCGAUCCCUAAGGGCACAGCUAAUAUCUGUAUUCCUAAUAACAUUGGUCCAGUUAACUGCGAAUGCUUCGGCCACUCCAACCGAUGCAGCUACAUCGAGGUGCUAAACACCGUCAUUUGCGUGAGCUGUAAACACAACACUAGGGGCCAGCACUGCCAGCUAUGCAAGCUGGGCUACUACCGCAAUGCCUCUGCAGAACUGGACGAUGAAAAUGUGUGCAUAGAGUGUAAUUGUAAUCCCUCUGGCUCAGUCAGUGAUCGCUGUAAUGGCACAGGAUUUUGUAUAUGUAAGGAGGGUACUACAGGGCCCAAGUGUCAGGAGUGUCUACCCGGCUAUUUGUGGGACGAUGGCUGCAAAUCCCGGGUGUGCGACAACGAGCUCCUGCGCUGCCAAAAUGGCGGCGUGUGUGUCAACAACGUCCGCUGCAACUGCCCCGCAACCUACUCAGGUCUGCUGUGUGAGAAGCCCCGCUGCAAUUCAGAGCUGGGGGGCUGCAGGGGCCCCGAUUCAGGCCAGGCACCGCUGAAGCCUCCUUCGGCCCUCAGGCUGCUGCUGCUGCUGGUGCUGGGCUCGGUGCUGCUGCGAGAGGCUGCCAUGCCCUAAAGAGACCCAUGACCUGGUGGGAGCGAUAUAGUCCCCAACCCCUCCACCUCAACCCCACUUCCCCCAGCCUCCCUUUACAAAUAAUCAACAACCAUUAAACGAGAACAACCAUGAGCUUUCUGGACUGUACCGUACCGAGCUUUCUCCGCCGCCAGGCUCAGCGGACACUUGCGCUGACGAAAAGGGAAUGUGCCAGACCGACAAGUGCAAAGACUUUUCAUUUCAUUUUCAAAGAUAAUAUAGAAAUGAACUAAUAUACUUCUAAAGAUGCCAGAUAUUAUUAUAAAAAAAUUAUAGUGAGACCGAGAGUUUGCCUGAAAAGAGUAAAAUGAGCAGAGAACAAUUAACACCACCCUCACCCCCCCACCACCACCACCACCUCUCCAACCCACCUCCUCUAAGCCGUACCAGGUUCUUGAGCUCCUUCCAGUUCGAGGAGGGGACAACUGAGGCGACGGACUAGCAGUUCGCUUCUUCUGUUAUUGCCACGGCAACAAAAGGUGCGACCAAUCAGCUUCAGCACGGGCAGGCAGUGGACGCCGAUCUCCUCUCACCCUCACUCCGUCCAGGGAUGAUGCUUCUGCGAGUUGGCCUCCGAACUAUGACCGUGAUGCUUCAGACGAUUCUGAGAGAGCAGGAAACACGGGACGCAUUCUUUGCUGUCAGUGCAUUGUGGAUAGAAGGAAAUCUGUCCGGACUGCCACUCUGUGACACAAAAAAAAAACCUUGCCCCCCCCACCGUCGAGCCCCCUCUAGCUUUCUGUCUCUCCUUCAACUCUAACUCAUCCUCCCUCCUGUUCAUCCCCCCUCUGAUGCCCAGCAUCCCCCCUCACCAUGCUGCCACUGACCUGUGCUUUCGUGAACGUUACUCUGUAAACCCUUGUUGGUUGAAAGAAUUCUUUUGUCCGAUGUUAGUGAUGCACAUGUGUAAGAAGCCCCCUGCCCCUGCCCUCCUCUCCCCUCUAAAAAAAAGAUAGUCCAGUAAAAGGUGUCUUGAUUCUUUUUCCGACCUUAGAGCCGCCACGCUCCCUGCGAUCAUGGUCCGAGGGUAGUUUUCACCUGAGCAGACAUGAAGUGCAUAGAAAAAACAUCAGUGUAUUUGCAAGUUCUUUUCUCCACAGAGCGAACAAAAAAAUGAGUCAUGUAGUCCUUUUGUAUCUUUGCCGAACUGUGAUUGAAAAACGGCAACCUUCAGUGUAUCUAUUUAAGACGUCCACAUGCAGAAGCAGUCGUUUAAGGUUAUUUCCUUUUUUCUUUUUUUCUCCCCAUUUCUUUCAUCCCCUGACUUUAUUUGUUAUAAUUUCUUUUUCGUUGUGCAGUUGAUUUUCCUUUGUAUUGGCAACGUGCUGGCAUCAAAGAAUAUCAGUUUACAUAUACAGUAUAAAUAAAGUGUAAUA